UCCAUCUCUAUCAUUUCGGAGGAAACCCUCAAGAGACUAUGUCCCAGCCGCCGCCUCCAAACGAGGCCAGUGGACUUCGUACUGAGGGACUUUCAGAAGAACCCAGUACACAUUGUGGGGUGGGCCCGGGUGCAUGUAGAAAGAGGGGGUUUUAAGGGGCCCCUAGACAUCCUAGUGGUCAAGCGCCAACUGACCACACUCCUCGGGUUGGCUUGGUUCAAACCACUGGGGAUCCAGCUGGUGGGGGUGGACCACGUGCAGACCAGCCAUUUCGACGGGGUCUGCCGGGAGUUCCCAGAGGUUUUCGACGGGUCCUUGGGGAGCUACAAGGGCCCGCCCAUCACCCUACCGAUCGACCCUAUGGUCAGGCCCAUAAGGCUCAAAGCGAGGCGCGUUCCGUUCGCCCUCAAACAAAAAAUAGAGGCAGAGCUGGACCGCCUCACAGCCCAGGGCGUCCUAGAGCCGGUAACGUAUGCAGAAUGGGAGACCCCCAUAGUAACGCCGGUCAAGCCCAACGGGGAAGUAAGGAUCUGCGCUGACUACAAGUGCACGAUAAAUAAGGCACUGCAAGACAACCCCUAUCCAGUCCCGGUAGUCAGCCAUGUCCUGGCAGCACUAGCCGGGGCGAGGACGAUAGUGACCCACAGGGGUGCGUUCAGGGUUAAACGGCUGCAGUUCGGGGUUAGCGUAGCUCCGGGGAUAUUCCAGAGCAUAAUGGACUCUCUUCUCAAAGGGAUCCCCGGAGUUCAACCCUUCUUUGACGACGUUUUAAUCGCCGCCCCCACCGAUGGAGAGCGCUUCACCAUCGCUACUGACCACAAGCCGCUCCUCGGCCUCCUAGCCCCCGAUCGUCAGACCCCCCAAAUUCUGUCUCAAAGGGUUUUAAGGUGGAACCUGUUCCUGAAUUCUUACACGUAUACGCUGAUACACCGCCCCGGUAAAGCUAUGGGUCACGCAGACGCCCUCAGCCGCCUCCCGCUACCCGCGACGGACCCAGAUCCCGCCCCGGCACACGGAGUGAUGCUCAUAGAGUCGCUCCCCGAGCGCCCCCUGCACGCGAGCGAGGUGGCUCGGGCGACCGGGAGAGACCGCGUCCUCGCACGGGUCAGGGACUGGGUGGGAAGGGGGUGGCCCUCGGGCAAAGCAGAAGAAGCCUUCCGGCCGUUCGCGUCCAGGAAGGACGAGCUAUCGACACACAAGGGGUGCAUACUCUGGGGUAGCAGGGUGGUGGUCCCCCCCUUGCGCAGGCAGGUAUUGGAGGAUCUCCACGAGACCCACCCGGGCAUCGUGAGAAUGAAAGCCCUGGCACGGAGCUACGUGUGGUGGCCAGGCAUGGAUGAGGAAAUAGAAGGGUGGGUAAGAAGGUGCCAACCAUGCCAGGAGUCCAGACCCAACCCGCCGUCCGCCCCGACCCACAGGUGGGAAUCGAACGGGCGGCCAUGGUCCCGCCUCCAUGUGGAUUUCGCGGGGCCGCAUCAGGGCCAGAUCUUCUUUAUACUAGUGGACGCAAACACGAAAUGGUUGGAGGUAAUCCCGGUGGCCUCGACCUCCACCGCAGCAGCAGUCCGGGCGCUCAGAAGGGUCCUCUGCACACACGGGAUCCCCGACACACUAGUAACGGACAAUGGCACAGCAUUCACCUCCCGGGAAUUCCAGGAGUUCACCGACAGAUACCUUAUAAGGCACAUAAGGUCCGCCCCAUUCCAUCCAGCCACCAACGGCCAGGCGGAGAGGAUGGUGCGGACCACCAAGGAAGCCCUGGGCCAACUGCUCAUGGGGAGGAAACUGACCACUCGUUUAGAUAGGCUACACCCGGACAGGGCGCCAGAGGUCCGCGGGACCCCCGAGGUCAGGGAGGCAGUGAGAGGGUUCUUCCCGGGCGAUCCAGUAUAUGCGAAAAACUUUUCAAGCGGCCCCGAGUGGUACAUGGACAUGGCCGCUCGGACUGAUCCAGCUGGUGUGCCGAGCCGGGAGCCGGUGGAAGACAACUCUGAGUUGGAAGGGGAGGGCGUUUCUCCAGAUGGGGUGGGCCCAUCUAGGCCUGUUGGCGUUCCGGCUCCAGUGGUGUUGGCGGUUAAUGUUGAAGACCCUGAUGAUGGAGCGGUUUCGGCAGCUUGCACUAGAGGCCGACCACCAGCUGGCAUGGAUGCCACCGGAAAUGUGGCGGCUUGGAGAGUUGAGGCUGACCGGGCAAUGCAGUUAGCCCUGGCGCCCAGUACCAGGAGGGCUUAUACUCGGUCCAUCAAGCAGUUUCAAGGUUUUAGGGAGCAGGUAGGGUUGGGCUCGCGGUGGCCCAUUCCAGCUCAGCACCUCAUGCAGUUCUGCGUCCAUUUAAAAGCUUUAACGGCCUUCUUUGGGGCGCUCAGAGUUAGCGAGCUAGUGCUUAGCUUGCGCCAUGAUUCCUCUGGUCGAGCCCUUCAGUCAGGGGAUGUUAAAUUUGAGGGCGACCAGGUGCUGUGGCGCAGCCUGAGCGGCGCAGGAUUUUGA